AUGGCACCUUGUUCCGUGUGCGCCAAACCAGGCAAGGCGUGCUCAGGCUGCCACAACAGCUUCUACUGCAGUCCUGAGUGUCAGAAAGAGGACCGGAGAACUCAUCGCCUACUCUGCAAGACGUUCAAGGCCUUCGACGACGAUCACCGUCCCACUACUACCUCCAAGCGUGCCAUUCACUUCCCUGAGAAGGGCAAGUGCGCAUUCAUCUGGGUCGAGAUACGCUCUGAGAAUCCUUUGUUCCACCACUGGAUGACUCCCGAUCUUCGUAUCAUCUUGGGCGAGGACGAUCCAAAGACCCUGAACAUGCCGCGUGAUUUUGCCGCAGAGAAGGAUCCGAGACACAUCAUCGAGAUCAACUAUCGUGAUGCUUUCACGCAGUCUGGCUCGACUCCCAAGCAGAGCAUCGCUAGUAUGGUCUUUGGUAAGACUAAUGUUGCUUGGUCCGGUCCGGUUGUCGCAUGUGGUCGCGGUCUCAACUUUCACUCUCACAUUUAUCAAGACCUGGACACUACCGACCUUCGAUUUCUUGACGAGUUUCUCCAACGCUACGGUAUUAUCAGAGGUGUCCGCAUCAAUUGCAAUGUUACCCAAGAGCUUUUCGGCAAGCCUAUUUUCGAAGAGAUCUUCAUGCAGGAAAAGAAUGUCAGUGAGCUGUUCUCAGAAGGUCAGCAAUCCCAAAUUGCCCAUCGAAUUGGUACUCCUCUCCGCGCUUGCCUCGAGAUUCCUUCCGAGGAUAUGGAAGAUCCACUCAUCUCUAUGAAAUACUCGUACGCUACCUGGCUCUACAUGAACUGCGAUCUUGACACCAAGCAUGACUUGAAGACUUGGGGCAACGCGCCUGAGUAUCAGGGAAACGCUAUCGUUGUGAGACAGGACAAGAAGCGCCUUUGUCCAAAGUAUCUUGAAGCGCUGUUUUCUUGGUGCUGGCAAAACCUACAGCCCAAGUUCAAAGCAGUCACGAAACAGUCAAAGGCCAAGCGGAUGCAAGUCUUGGCUCAAGUGACGAAGGAAGACUUCGAACUUUACCGAGAAGAGUACGAAAAGGAAGGAAAGACUCCGAGCUACGACUGA